AUGGAUCUCGCCAACCUACUCUCCAGCACGGCUGUCAAGCCAUCAUAUACUCCCGUCGACUCAAGCUACUAUAAGCGUUCGGCGCCUCUCUCCCCACCAGCCGAAGAGCCUAAGGUCUCGCUGCCUUCAAUUUCGUCCCUCCUCGAGGGUGCUGAUGGCCAGCACUCAGCCAAGCGUCAGCGUCUCUCACCAUCAAUCGGUGAACGCCACGUCAGGGUCCAGUCCUACGAACUGCCCCCAACACCACCAUUGCGUCCCGGCUCCGGCCACGGCCACAACCGCGCAUCACCAGAGACAUUCAAGGAGCACCCUCAUCGCUCCUCCAUCUCCAGCAAUGGCUCCAUCCACAUCCAACACUCAGCACCAUACGCCUCCCCCGCACCAAGUGUCUCAUCCUACACAUCUCCCAUCGAUGCCCCCCAACAAGCAAUCUACUACACCCGCCCACCAACAACAUCUACUUUCGCACCCUCAACACCAGCCCCAGCACCCCAAAUGCCUCCCACAGCAACCAACCCACUCGCACUCGCACUCGCACUCGCACUCGCUCUCCCACUCCUCAGCCCUGAUCUCCCCAGUGACCCCAGCCUGGCAACACCACCACUACUUCCCCCCUCAACCACAACCCCCUACCAACAAAACCACGACCGCUACAUCUGCCGCACCUGCCACAAAGCAUUCUCGCGGCCCUCCUCGCUGCGCAUCCACUCGCACAGCCACACAGGCGAGAAGCCCUUCCGCUGCACGCACACCGGCUGCGGCAAGGCCUUCUCUGUGCGCAGCAACAUGAAGCGCCACGAGCGCGGCUGCCACUCUGGUCGACCGGCGGCUGCCACCGCAUUGGUGGUUUGA